CAGUCACAUCAGGUUGAAUUCUCCAUCCACACAAUUCAUCACAUCUAGAUUACCCAAAUGUGCAAACACAUUUUGAACGCGCAGGUCGCCAUCAGAGCACCAUGUUGUAGAAAGUGGUUUGAUUGCGCGGAAUGCCACGCAGAGGUAUCCGACCAUUCACUUGCCAAAGCCAGCGAGAUGGCAUUUGCUUGUAAAAAGUGUAAAAAGACAUUUAGAAAAGACCUCAGCGAUUUCGAGGACGAGGAUGAAUUUUGUCCUCACUGCGACAACCACUUUGUUUUGGAGGCUGUUGAACCUGAAGCAAGUCUUGGCGUUGAAGGCGAGGACAUUCGCAUUGACUCACGUAUGAUCAAGGACGACCGACAGAAACUUAAGAAGGGCGUUACUAGUAUCUACGAUGUCGAAGUAUCGGAUAAACUUGGAUAAAUAGAAGGAGAUGACUCGCCGAUCUGUUGAGUCUUAAUACCUCUUGUAGUUGAUUAAAAUAAAAAAAAGUAUUCCUAGUAAAUUAAAUUGGACGGGC